AUGGUGAACCGGUUCAUGACAUUGACGCAGUACGGAGGAGAGCCGACGCCGAUGGACGCCAUCCAACGGUUGAAAGCAUUCGGAAUGAGCAUUCGAUUCAACACCAACGCAGAGGGGGUGGUGGAUUGGAUCGGAGAUACGUUGUCGUACGGCAACAUCCGGUUCAGCAUGCCCCAGUUGCGAUCGAUGGUGCACGGGUUGAUCGCCAGUACGAGACGGCACGUCAUCGAGGCGUUGUUGUUGUUGCCGCUGGAUGAGGAGGGCGACAUACGGAAGGGGGGUACAGCGUUGCCCAUCAUCCAUUGGGAUCGGUUGGUAGACAAUGCAGCCGAGCGAAAGACGGGAUGGAGUUUCAUGGAGGAUACCAGGAAUCGGGAAGCCGUAGACGUCGUCGACCCCAAGGAAUGGUUGGCCAGGCGGGUGGGCAGCGAGCGGGCGUUGACCGAGAGGUUCAUCGAUAUGGUUCGCACCCGUGCCGUAUUGGCCGCCGAUCCAGGUCGAGGAGCGGCGGUGUGGAAGAUGGACGAGUUGGUUCGGUAUCGACGAGCGAUGGCGACGGCGCGGAAGCAGUUGGCAGCAUGCAUGCACAUGACGGGGGGAGCCCCAGCGCGAGGGACCGAAUUGACGUCGGUCCAAUUCCGCAACAGCGCCAACGGAGAGAGUCGAGGGAUUUUCAUCGAAGAUGGGUUG